CUAAACUACAGCCAAGGGAUUAAAAUGUCUAGAGUGUCAGAGCGUGUGGUGCUGCGGUUUUAAGAAAAAAAAAAAACAGAAGUGACUGCAGCUUCCCCCUUCACUUGUUAAAAAGCUGCUGCACUUUUUGAGUUGUGGAGCUGGUGAGCAUCCCGCCGCCAGCACCGCUCAGAGUUAAAGGGUCUGAAGCAGACAGGAACUACAAGCACUGCUUUUUAAAACAGGAUUUUACAAAAAAAAAACAACAACAACACUUUUUUUCGGGAGAAUUUUACCCAAAAGCACAGCCUGACUAGAAAUGGCAUUCAUCUUCUGCUCGUCCAUUCUUGAGAUUCUGGACCAGUAGUUAAAACCAGGAUUUCAGGAGGAACUCAAACGGUCAGAGAUUUCUACAGGCUGUAAUGGCGGAUCACUGCUUUGAAGGCUCCAACAACACAUCUUCAACUGUUUUAAAGGAAGACCACAACUGCAGCGUAGAUGGCGGCAGCCUUCGGGUCUUGCUGGCUGUCUCCUACUCGCUCUUCUUUCUUCUGGGAUUGGUUGGCAACAUCCUGGCUCUCUGGGUGUUCCUUUGUCUUCACUCCAAGAAGAAUUCGGUGCGGAUUUUCCUCAUUAACCUGGCCGUGGCUGACUUGCUCCUUAUGGUUUGCCUACCCUUCAGGAUUGCCUACCACGCCAACAACAACUGCUGGGUCUUAAAGCCCAUACUCUGCAAGGUGGUAGGCAAUGUUUUCUACAUGAACAUGUAUAUUAGCAUCUUUCUGCUGGGUCUGAUUAGCAUUGAUCGCUACAUUAAGCUGCAGAGGGUCUCGAGGAACCAGAAGUUUCUUGGAAGUAGACAGAGCAUGAUCACCUGCUGCUUCCUGUGGGUGGUGUCUAUUGCUGCCAUUUUACCAUUGAUUAUUUUUUCCAAUCAAAACACUUUAUCCCAUAAGUGCUUUCAGUACAAACGUCUGGAUAAAAACACAUGGAAAGCCUACUUCAACAUGUUCAUGGUGAGUUCUUUCUGGGUGGUCUACGUUGCCCUUGUUUUGUCCUAUGGUAAAAUCGCCAUGGGCUUACUCCGGGUCUCUCGGGAGAAGCCCGAUCUUCCGAACGCAGGAAAAUACGGCAGAACGGCUCGCAAAUCCUUCUUCAUCCUCUUCCUCUUCACGCUGUGCUUCGUCCCCUACCACCUGGUGAGGAUCUUCUACAUCCACUCCCAGAUCACAGAGGUCUCCUGCCAGUGGAUAGAGGUAUUGGACAAAACUAACGAGAUAGCUCUGCUGCUGUCAGCCUUCAAUAGCUGCCUGGAUCCGGUCAUGUACUUCGUGCUGUGUGGCUCGGUGCGCAGGACUGUGCUGCAGGUGUUGUGUAAAUGCUUCUGCAGGAAGGCUUCCGCAAGCUCCGAGAGCUCCACUAAUGAUACGAGGAAAAGCGCAGGGGAACACCUUUCAGAAAGUGAGAUCUCCACCUUGAGAAGAAAAACUGCCAUUCAGAUCAAUCCUUCCGAAGCUUGAUCGACCUGUUCAAUCAUUUUACUCAAUGAUGCAAACAUGAAUGUAAUGUAAUGUAAUAUAAUGCAAUACAGACCUUUUUCAUUAUUAAAAAAUGUUAUUAGAGAAUAAUGAUAAUUAUAGAUGUGUUUUGGAUCCUAUCGAAGCUAAAUUAGCACAAAUUAAUUGUGUUUUUCAUCUUAUGGCAUAUAUAUAUAUAUAUAUAUAUAUAUAUAUAUAUAUAUAUAUAUAUAUAUAUAUAUAUAUACGAAGCAAUGACUGUAGAAAACAUUUUGAUCAGUGGUUCCAUUCCCUUCCAUUUUUUAAUAGAAAUGAAUUCAUAGCUGACUACCUUUCUGCCAGUCUCGUCUACUCAUUUGGUAGACCCGCCCCCUUCUCCCAAAACAAGAACAUUUCAGGCCGCCAGAAUAGUCCUGUAUUAAACCAAUACAGCAGAAGUGAAGCGUAUUUCCCCUGUUCAGUGAGUGUAAAGUUUCAGCAGUAAAAGUGAAGUUCAUGCACAGUAUCAGUCAAAAGUUUGGACACACCUUAAAUUGUAAAUUCAGUGAUAUUUCAUUAUCUUAAAACAAUUCUGAAUUGUAGAUCAAUACUAAAGUCAUCCAAACUACGAAUAAUUAUUUAGGAAACAACUAAAGAUUAGAUUAUAUUUUUCAAAGUAGCUGCUCUAGCUUAGAUUGACAGCUUUGCACAUCUUGACUGGAUUUUCAUAUCUCAGCUUUAUGAGGUAGAGUCAACUGGGAUUCAGGCUUUCAGUUAACAGCUGUGCUAAACUCACAAAGAGUGAAUUUCUUGCCUCUGUUUAAAAGCAUCAGUUGUAAACAUGUGAAGAGGUAGAGUUACAGGUAUACAUUGAAUAGCCCUAUUUGAGAAAUGUUCGAAUCCAGAUUAUGAGAAGCAAGAACUACUCAACCAAGUAAAGAAAAAAAAUACUUAAGAAAUGAAGGUCAGUUAUCUGCAUUUUCUUUUUAGUUUGAAAGUACCCUCAAGUGCAGUUACCACAAAGGCUAUCAAAAAGUUAUGAUGAAACUGGCACUCAUCAGGACCACCCCAGAAAAAAAAAAACACUAUAAAUGCUGUGCAAGAUAUCUGUUCAGACUACACACCUAGUAAACAAUGCACAACACAAGCAUAAACACUGAAUAACACAUUAAAAAUCAGCAGUACAAUGUUUAGGAACAUAUUAUAUAAAUCCAUAUUUCUACAACUGUUUUUAAAAGCAUAACAUUUUAUGAUAUUUUGUAGGUAAAUUGUAAAACUGUAUUAGAUGAAUAUUUACUUCAUUUAUUCUACUUUUCAAAACAUUACUCUCAAAUAAUACAACAUAUCAGUUUUAUCUGUGUUCAUACUUAUUUAAAUAAAAAGGUCCUAUUCUCCAUAGCAAAUACAAUGCAUACAAACAUUAAUAAGGAC